AUGAAACUUUUUUCCCAGCUCCUGGUGCUGGGCCUUGCGGCUGAAGGAGCACUUGCGAGUAACUGGUUCAGCAAGGCUGUCUAUAACAAAUGGCACGAAACGGAGCUAGAGCGCUGGCUCUCAGACCAUAAUGUCCCCUACCCCACACCCGCAGAUCGCAAGGAUCUUGAAAACCUGGUCAAGAACAAUUGGCAAUCGAAGGCUGUUUACCCAUACCAUGAGUGGGAUACACAUCAGCUUCAUUCUUUCUUGAAGCAGAAAGGUGUUGAGACAAAGGAUGCGGCUGCUGCGAACCACAAUCAUUUGCUUGAGCAGGUUAAGGCUCAUUGGUAUGACACGGAAGAAAAGGCUGAGCAGGCAUGGGCCAAUGUCAAAGACUGGAUCUUUGACACCUGGUCGGAUUCACAACUCAAGGCUUUUGCUGAUAGACAUGGCAUCCCUGUACCGCAACCACGCAAGCGUGACACUGUUCUUCAGCACCUUCGGUCCAGCUAUGAGAAUAUUGCAAAGAAAGCUGCCGAUGCAGCUAGCUACCCUGGAGACUGGCUUUACGAGACGUGGUCUGAAUCUGAGCUCAAAGAAUGGCUUGAUACCCACGGAGUUCCAGUACCGCAACCAACCAGCAGGGACAAGCUUAUCGCCAGCGUCCGCCGCAAUUCUCGUAUCGCCAGCCUAAGACUGGCUGACAUGAAAGCUUCAGCGUCCAAAUCUGCUGCAGACACCAUCGAGACACUCAGUGAUGCUCUUCUCGAUUCUUGGUCUGAUUCACAACUCAAGGAGUGGGCCGACAAGAAUGGAAUCAAGGUCCCCCAAGGUAGCAAGCGCAAUGAGCUGAUCGCUAUCGCACGCAAGCACCGCGCUCAGUUGGUUGGGGAUAACGUCUCUUACUCUGCGAAGAGUGCUGCCUCCAAGGCUUCUGCAUCAGGAGAAUCUGCUUUUGGAGCAGCUACCUCUUCUGCUGGCAACGCGUACGCACGUGCUACUGAUGAUGCGCAAUUAAAGGCCGAGGAUGCGUUCAACCGUGCCAUCUCAGCCUGGUCUGACUCAAGACUGAAGGCAUUCCUUGAUUCACGCGGUGUUCCAGUACCACAGUCAGGGAAGAGGGACGAGUUGAUAGCUGCGGUGAGGCUGAACAAGCAUAAAGCCGAGACUGGAUGGACGGCCUGGACAUUUGAUACAUGGACCAUUGAUAAUCUCAAGGCUUACCUUGCCUCCACUGGCAACAAGGCUGCCGAGGAAUUGAGCAAGAAAUCCAGCGCUACCCGCGAACAACUUGUCUCUGCCGCCCAGGACGCUUACAAUUCUGCGUCUGCCACCGGUGGUAAUGCAUUUGCAUCCGUAACCUCCUAUCUAGCCAAGCAGACCGACGCCGCGAAAGAUUCCGUCUUCGACACCUGGUCCGAAUCGGAACUCAAGAACUAUCUUGAUUCUUACGGCUUCCAAGUCCCUCAGGGCUCAACCAAGAAUGAAUUGAUUGCCUGGGCGCGGAAUCAGAGAAACUGGUUUAAAUAUGGGACUACAACGCCCCAAGGAACCUUAUGGGUUAAAUUACGAAACGGAGCUCAAUGGGUCAUGGACCAACUCUCCAUCGGUGCAGCAGCAGGCCGCAAGCAAGCCAACUAUCAAGCUGAAAAGGCCGCGGAUAGAGUCAAGGAGGGCGCAACGUAUGCGAAGCAUCGCGCGGAGGAGGCAGCCCAGAAGGCGAGUGAUAGGGCCAAGGAAGAGUUGUAG